GGUUUGCUUCUACGCCAGUGAAAGGGAAUUGCUGUUCGUAUGCUAGCCUGGCAUGGGCUUUCCAGACAAGAUGUUCCAUCUCUGCCCCCUGCACUGUGACAGUAGAGCAACGCAGACAAAGCAGUUUCUUCAAUACAUUGACAGCUGAUGAGCUGUGGAAAGGAGCUUUGGCGGAGACUGGUGUGGGAGUAAAGAAAGGAAGAGGAAAGAGAAGGAAGAAAAAGCUAAGGAAGAAUCUGAAUAAAGGCCAGGCGAUUGGUGAAGGACGUUCUGGAUUCCUCUGGCCCGGUCUUAACGCUCCUGUGAUACAAAGUGGGCAAGUCCAGACAAUUACACAACGAAAAAAAGAAGAACGAGAGAGAAUUCAGUCAGAACUUAUUCAGCAGAGGGAUACAUUUGAGAAGAGAAGAAAGAUAAAAAUUAAGAGGCAGGGAGGAUGGAGUGGAAAGUGUUGGGGAGGUGUCCUCCUGGAUCCUCCUGACCCAGGUCCUAAUGGAGAAACCUAUGAAGAUUUUGAAACAAGAGUCAUUGAGGUGAAAAAUGUGUUUUGUAUGAAAGCAAAGGAAGGCAGAAAAAAAUCAAUACGUGCCUUGGUGGCUAUUGGAAAUGGUAAAGGAGCUGCAGGUUUUGCAAUGGGGAAAGCAGGUGACAGGAUGAAUGCUUUACGGAAAGCAAAGAAUAAAGCAAUACGCUGCUUACAUUUUAUAGAGCGGUAUCAGAACCACACUAUUUACCAUGACAUUAAAGUGAAAUUUAAAAGAACAACCAUCCACAUGAAGAAGCAAAACAAAGGGUAUGGUCUUCAUUGCCACCGAGCUAUCAUCACCAUCUGCAAACUAAUUGGCAUCAAAGACAUGUAUGCCAAGGUUUCUGGAUCCAAAAACUUGAUUAACAUUACCAGAGCUCUCUUUAAAGGCUUGACAGAACAGGAGACUCACCAGCAGUUAGCGAACCAGAAGAGUCUCUGUGUAGUAGAGUUCCGGGAGGAGCAGGGCCCUCUGCCCAUUGUUGUGGCACUGCCUGAGGGGACUGUCCGUGAGGACCCCGAGCCUGAAGAUGAGGUUCCAGACAUAAAGCUGGAGUGGAGUGAUGUGAAAGCAGCUCAGGGAAUGAAGAAAUCUCCGUGGGUGAAUGUCAGACGGACAAUAUGGUAA